CAAUCAAAUCCCCAAACCCAUUCUGCCAAAAACAAGAAAUCUCUCUCUCUCUCCAUCUCCCUCUCUGCAAAUGGGAAGACACCUAGUGCUAGCAUUGGCUUUGACAAGCCUCUGCAUUGGGCUAGUUACAGCAGAUUGGAACAUUUUGAAGCAGAACAGGAAACAUUAUGGGCUGAAAUCAUCAAGCUUGAAGAACUAUUGUGAGAGUUGGAGGAUUAAUGUGGAGAUCAACAACAUUAGAGAAUUUGAGGUUGUGCCUCAGGAAUGUAUAGAUUACAUCAAGCAUUACAUGACAUCUGCUCAGUAUGAAGCAGAUUCUCAGAGAGCCAUUGAAGAGGUCAAGCUCUACCUCAGCACUUGCUGCACUAUGGAAGGUGAUGGUAAAGAUGCUUGGAUUUUUGAUGUUGAUGAUACCCUUUUGUCCACCAUUCCUUUCUUCAAGAAACACAACUUUGGGGGAGAGAAGUUGAACACAACAUUGUUGGAAGAAUGGAUGAAGGAAAGCAAGGCACCAGCUCUAGAUCACACCCUUAAUCUUUUCAACGAGAUAAAAAACAAAGGGGUCAAAAUCUUUCUUAUCUCUUCAAGAAGUGAAAUCUUAAGAUCUGUCACCGUAGAUAACCUUAUUAAUGUUGGGUAUCAUGGAUGGUCCAGUCUCAUACUAAGGGGUCUUGAUGAUGAGUUCAUGAAAGUGCAAGAAUACAAAUGCUGGGCAAGAAAGCAAUUGGCGGACGAAGGAUACCGCAUAUGGGGAAUUAUUGGAGAUCAGUGGAGCAGCUUUGGAGGUCUACCAAGUGCUAAAAGAACUUUCAAGUUGCCAAAUUCUAUGUACUACCUUCCCUAGCUGCCUAAUUUCAAACUUAAUUUAUUAUUAAUUAAGAUACUGAGACUUAUGUAAUUUGUAUCCUAAAUGCUUGUUAAAAAUAAUAAUCAUCCUACAUAUUGUUAUUGUUGUUUUUUCA